GACCACCAAGUUACCAACACCCACCCACACUCGAAGCGACGACGCAUCGCCUCUAAUCUUCUUCCCGGUUUCAAAAAUUAGGGUUUCAAUUUCCAAAAUUUGUAUAAAUCGGACCGGUAAUUUUACAAAUUUGUAGGAAGAAUUUUGUGUAAAUUGAGAUUAUGAGAAUGAAUUUGAAGCGGUCGAGGAAAUCGAAUUCGGUAUCUUGGGCUUCUGGACCCGAUCUUCGUCAGGACAUACAAUGAAAUGCUGAACCGUCGUUUCAACAUUUUCCUGCAGUCGGAUGCUUUUUCUGGUAAAGCUGUUCUCUUCCGAAGAUUGUCCUGUGGCCGUUGGCGUGAAAUAUCAACAUCAUCUUCAAGCAAAGGUGUCAUAUAUGUCGCGUUCAGCUCCUAUAGAACAUGAUUUUCCCCCCGGGUUUGAACGCUGUGUUCCUGUGAGACAACCAAAAGUGGAACGGCCACUCAUCCGUCAGAUUCAAUGGAAAUGCCCUUCCAAGUUUGUCGUGAAUGAUGCCUGGCAAGUGGCAGCAGGUGAGGAAAGUGAGGAAGUCGAGGCUCAAAAGUUGAGAGCGACGAGAGUGCUCGAAGCAGUUUAUCCUCGUCUUUCUGCAAUUCCCCCUAACCCCUCUGUUUCUGCGGAUGUAAAAGCUGAGCGUUGUGACGAUAGGCUCACUCCAUCUGCCCCCCUUAUUCCAAUUGAAGAAAUUGAAGAAGAGUCCCAGAAUUUACCAUCAUCUGAUAUGGAAUUGGAUUCCGAUGUAGAAUGUAAGCCACCAGCCUUGCCCCAAGGUCUGCCCACGUCUCCUCAGCAAAUUGCCGAUGAUAAACCAUCGCUAGGAAACUUACCUAGCCAAAAUGCGGAUGUGAUUGCUGCUGCAGUCGCAUUGACUGCAAUCGUCGAAAGCACAGAGAAGGGAAGUUUGAUUGAUACUGAUUUGCUCAUUAAACUUCUAAGUGACCCGAAAAUGAUCCAGAAAUUGAUUAACGAACCCGGAUCACCAGCCAAACUAGGAGAUGCACCAACCAACUCCUUUACUGCACCCAUGCCAAAGACAAAAGUUCCAUCAGUUCCCUCAUCUCUUCCAAAAACUGAUAUGCUAACGACUGCAGGUGGAAACUUGUUCCCUAUGGCAGGUACAGUGGGACUGGGAACUACUAUGAAUGCAAUCCCUCUUCAAUCAGGUAGUGUUCAAAUGUCCGGGUUGAACCGACCCGUACCAUCACCACCCGUGCCCGUCCCAAAUCAAAUUCAAACACAACCCACCAUCGGUGCAAUGACUUAUCCGAACAGAGCUCCAUCACCGGCAUUCCUCGUCAGGGAAGCCCCGCUCCCUCCGGCGAAGAAUAUCAACAACUGUAAGAACCUCAUCAUGCAACAUGGAGCGGAAAAGCAAGGAAUCCCGUACCCCUUUGUUGCACAAAAACAAAGUGGUAACAAAUUUAAUCUCUCGAAAGACAUGAAAAUGGCACGAAACUUUAAACCAGAAGGAAAGAAACCAAAGAAGCCAAAACAGUGCAAGUACUUUAAGGGCUCCAACGGAUGCCGUAACGGCGUUAAUUGCAAAUUCCAGCAUAACAUGCCGCCUCAAUGGGGUAACGGUAACCUUAUUGGGGGCCGUAUUGCAAAGAGAGCGAAACCUAAUGGGGUUAAUACCUUAAGGAUGUGAAAAUCCUAUAAAAUUUGGAGCGCCAUUUUUAAUUUCUGUACAGUUUGCACACUGAAACUUGGGGCGGUUGGGAACCCGAGACACAGGCUAUAGGGUUAGUUUUCAAAUUUUGUAUUUGUAGGCGACCACUGAGUAGAUUUUUGGCAUUUUUUUGAGAUUAAUGAAAAAUUGGUGUUUUUAUUGU